CGCUGGUAUCGGACGUUGAAAUUGAAAAUGGUGUGGAAUACAGAGAAUGGAAUAAAAACGAAACCCUAACAAAAAAUCGGAUCCAUAUCCGUCUCUCACCCUCUCUCACCCCCUUCUUCUAUCUCACCGGAAGGAAGCUCCGUCCCUCCGUUUCGCACCGCUAUCGGAACUCGAAAUUGAUAUAGGUUCCCGAUCAUAUUCAUCGGCGGAGGACGACUAUCGACGGUCGUUCUCGUGCUUCGUCCGUUUCGAUCGAUCCGAUUGAAACCUGCUUUUCCCCCCUUCUCGGCCGGCUCCGUUGUCUUCCUCUCUCACGCCGCUGCCGUCUCCCGCUCUUCUUGCUCGAAGCUCGGCUCUCUCCUUAUCUCUUCCAGCUCAACUUCCUUCCCUUUCUCUCUGUAUCUGGAGUCGUUGACUUGGGAGUUGUAGCGCCCCAGCUGCCGCUGCUCCAUCCAGAGGAAACUCCCGCACUUAACUCCAUCCCCACCGCCGCCUUCCUGUUCCUAAGCGUUCUCCUCGGUUUCCAGUCUUCCCGUUAGAGGACUGCUCCUGUGUGUCUUGACAUUUACUGCUGAGGAGGUUGGAGUGCAUCUGGUCGCAAUACCUUGAGGAGAAUAGAACGUGGAAGUGUUGUACUUGCAUGGUUAGAAAAUGGAACCGGCUGUUUUGGAUGAUAUUAUUCGGCGGCUUUUAGAGGUUCGCGGUAGACCUGGGAAGCAGGUCCAGUUAUCGGAGGCAGAAAUCAGGCAACUGUGCGGGGCUUCUCGAGAGAUCUUCUUGCAACAACCCAAUUUGUUAGAGCUUGAAGCACCCAUCAAGAUUUGUGGUGAUAUCCAUGGUCAAUAUUCUGAUCUUCUUAGGCUAUUUGAAUAUGGCGGAUUACCUCCAAAUGCUAACUACUUAUUUUUGGGAGAUUAUGUUGAUCGAGGCAAGCAAAGUCUUGAGACAAUAUGUCUUCUACUUGCAUACAAAAUAAAGUACCCAGAGAACUUCUUUCUCUUGAGGGGAAACCAUGAGUCUGCUUCUAUUAACCGUAUAUAUGGUUUCUUCGACGAGUGUAAAAGGAGGUUUAAUGUCAGACUGUGGAAGACAUUCACGGAUUGCUUUAAUUGUCUCCCAGUGGCUGCUCUAGUUGAUGAGAAAAUUCUCUGCAUGCAUGGUGGUCUUUCCCCAGAUUUGCAUAAUUUGGAUCAGAUCAGAAACUUGGCUCGCCCAACUGAUGUACCAGACACAGGUUUGCUCUGUGAUCUGCUGUGGUCUGAUCCUAGCAAAGACGUUAAAGGCUGGGGAAUGAAUGACCGGGGGGUUUCGUUUACUUUUGGUCCUGAUAAGGUGGCAGAAUUCCUUCAGAAGCAUGAUUUGGAUCUGAUCUGUCGUGCUCACCAGGUUGUUGUGGAGGAUGGAUACGAGUUCUUUGGCAACAGACAACUUCUAACCAUAUUUUCUGCGCCGAAUUACUGUGGGGAGUUUGAUAAUGCUGGUGCAAUGAUGAGUGUGGAUGAGACACUUAUGUGCUCAUUUCAAGUAUUAAAACCUGCUGACAAAAAGUCGAAGUUUAACUUUGGGUAAAUCACCAGGAGGCACCAGCAGGGUUUUAGUUCUUCCUCGGUACCAAAGUACGACGAUAAGCCCUCAGAUUUACUGUGGGUGAUGGGCUUUAGGUGAGUGUUUAAGAAUGCCCAAGAUGCAAUCAAAUGUGAAGAUUAAGGUGCUUUUAGUUCAUUAUUGGAGGAGAAAAGGUGGACUAGAAGAGCGGCCAUAAAACAUCCAUAUGCUUUGAUGUUUUGAGAAAAAAGGCAGAGUUUGGAGGUGGAAAGGCUGUGAACUAGUAAUAGCAAGUUGGGCGUUUUGAUAAUGUGGAAACCACUCUAAUGGCUGGAAACCGGUGAACUGACGUCGGAGUUACUUGAUUGCUUCCCCCUUAAAUUUCUUCUUGUUUUAACUCCAAGACCGGACUGUUGGUCGUAUCUUGCUUCUAAUCCGAUGUGUUUGCCUGCUUCAUAUACUCCAUUCGAAACUGAACUAAGAAAGAGUACCAAGGUAGGGUUAUGCUCGCGAAGUAGGUUGAUCUAUAUGUGAUAGAACGAGGUUUGGCAAGUGGAGCUAGUGCUUUAGCAGAGUCAAUCGAGCGUCUGAAGGGCCAAAAGGUCCAUGAAAAAUGGAUCGUCAGUAGCCAUAUACUUGUAAGCAGUCCCUGGCAUAUGGAUGAGUAGUGCCAUAGAUGGGAGUCUAGAGCUGGAUCGAAUAAGAGAGUGACGACAUGGUUGAGCAUGGAAGCUCGCAGGAAUGCAAAGGAGGCACUUCAUCUCAGCGGUAGCAUGUACAAUGGCGAGAUUGUGGGAUUCGCUUUUGGUACAACUUAGGUUUCUCAUCUUUGUCUAAUUCAAUUUCAGUUUGAUUUGCUUUAGUUUCGUAUUGUUAAAAGAAUCUACAAAAUCAAAAGCAAAUUUAAUUUAAUAUAGUAAUUAUCAGGG